UGCACCCAUCUAACUGUCAUCUCAUUUUCUUGGCAGAUGCUUUCGGCGGCUGUGUAUUUUCCCGCUGUGGAGUUUGUUCUAUAUCAAUAAAUUCUCUUUUGAUUCCUUUAUAUUUUGUAAUAAUUUUGAAACGAAUUAAUUCUUAAAAUGUGGCCUAGAUUCGGUAUAAAAAUCGGAAACAGUACGAUUUGCGUAGCAACAUCAAAAGAAGAUGGUAAAAUUGAAGUAGUUGCUAAUAAGCAUGGCAACCGGGUCUCCCAUGCUGUCCUAUUAAUGAACGGCGACGAGCUUGAAGUUGGAUUAACAGCAAAACAGAAGCUAACCUCAAAGGGCAUGUGUUCCGUGGUAAACAAUUUUCAAUUUCUGGCGAAAAAUCUAUUAGAAGACCAGUUGAGGGAUGCAACUGGAUAUCUAACAUGCCAGUAUAACAUAGAAGAGGGUAAAUAUGAAUUGAGAAAUCGACCACAGCCUGGUGAUGGGGCUGACGAACCGGCAGAGGUAGGAAGGAUUUCUCCGUAUGAGGUCUGCGUGGAAUUCUUCAAGGCAAGUUUCGAACUCGCCCGUCACUGCCACAUUCUCGAGGAGCAUCCAAGUGUUGUACUAUCGAUUCCCAUCUACUAUCCCCCCGAAAGUUGGACGACAAUUGCUGAAGCUGCCGAGGAGGCGGGAUUUAAUGUUUCACAAGUUAUUCCAGAACACACAGCUGCCCUGCUAGCAUAUAAUCACCUGAUAGAACGCAGUGCCAGUGAGAAGCGCGUUCUAUGCAUCAAAAGCGGCGGUCUGCUAACCAGUGUUUCGCUUUUCAACAUCGAAAAUGGUCUAAUUUCAUUGGUCGGAUCUGCAGGACCGUACUACAUUGGGGGGAAGCAGUUCACCGAUGUCCUAAAGGAUUUUAUAUGUACAGAAUUCAGCAAAAAGUACAAGCUAGACCCGAAUGAAAGCCGUCGAUCAAUAGCAAAAGUCCAAACAGCUGCUGAAGAUUGCAAACACAUCUUAACGACGCUGCCUUCAACACAGAUCUACAUUGAUUCCCUAAUGGACGGCGUUGACUUCAAUAUUCAAAUGUCUCGUGCACGAUACGAGAUGUUGAUUCAGCCAGUUCUCAAUGAAUUUAUGUCGACUCUAAAUCAAGCUGUGGAGUCAAUUCUAUCUCGUCUUGAUUCACAACCAACUGAAUCGUUCAUCGAUGAGAUUGUCAUCGCCGGUGGAACUAUGAAAAUACCAAAAAUACAAUCUACAAUUAGUGCUCGUUAUCCUGACGCAAAAUUAAACAGCAGUCAUCCGCCUGAUGAAGUCGUUGCAAUGGGAUGUGCUACACAAACUCUUUUCAUUGACCCCGAUAAAGUUGAUAUUGACACGCGAACCGAGAGUGAUGCAAAGUGUUCUUGUAUUCAAGAUGAUAUCUACUUGUGGCAUAAUAGUAAUAAAUCAAAACAGCAACUGGUAUUCGAAAAAGGAUCAUUGUUGCCGUCUGAAACUGUGAUUGAAAUUGAAAAGCCGGAGAUCGACGGGGAAAAUAAUUUAGCAACUAAAAAUGACGAUAGUAGUGAACCUGUUACGGAAAAUAUCAAGUUAAGUGUACAGAUGGGAAGUUCAAUUGGUGAAAUUGUAUUGUCGGAUGCGAAAAUGGGGGAGGGAAAGGUUUUCAAAGUGCGAGCUAUCGUUGAAGAGAUGGACGGGCGACCGAAAAUGACAUUGAUAAGUGCAGUUUGACGUCGAUUGCUGCCAAAUUUCUAGUUAAAAUUUAUAGUUUCAGUUUAUGUUUGAUAUAUUUUGAUAUAAUUGUAAAUAUCAUGCAAAUUAUUUCAUGACUUGUUCGAUUUUUGAACGUCCAAUCAUUUAAUUUUUAAAUUUUAGUAAAAUGUGCGUCUGCCUUCAGCCCUCUAAUAAAAUAAAUAUUACAAAUUUGAUGAUCUUUUUUUCGUUGUUACGUAUAUAGAGUGGGCCGUGUAUUUGUGAACAUUAAAAAAAAUUAUAAAAGAA